AAGUGUAGACUUGGCCUAAUGUGUCUUUGUCUCGGAGCCAAAUUUGCCAACCUUCAUCAAUUCACAUUCGUUUCCAACUUCACCUCAUCUGGUCUUACUAAAAAGCCAAGUUUGAUCCACACUACCUGUUAGUUACUUUAUCUUAAGUAUGGAUUUAUGAGAGUGAAUCUGCUACUAAAUCUGAGAAGCUCUAAACUCAUACAUCCGUGUCAAAUAUUCCCAUCUUUUCUCUCAUUUUAACCCAACCUCUAAAAACCAACGUCGCUUCUACCCUUUUUGUUCCCGGCGCGUCUGAACCGUGCCAAGUCUACCUCUUACAAACCAGCUUUAUUACCUAGGUACCUACCUAAGGUAGUCAACCAUGGAAGAUACUGAGGACACUACAGCAGCUAUGGCUCAAGCCAUGGGCUUCUCCAGCUUUGGGGCUCAAAAUAAUUCCAACAAGCGACGCAAGUACAACCCUCGUGCGGAUGAUGCCGUGGUUGCGUCCACCUCUACUUCCAUUGCUUUUCAUGAAGCGAAGUCAGGUUCCAAUGCGAUACCCUUGGGAGUUAGAAGGAAGAAUCAGGACGAGAUCGAUCUUGAGGAUGAAGAAGAGGCUGGUAAUAAAGACAGCAGACGACAGGAUGACCUUAAAGGAGAAGAUGAUGGUGAGCCGGAGCCUCAGUAUUUGGAUACUUCACGCCCGCCCGAUACAGCUUCAGCCAGCCCAUUAAACAACACUUUGCCUUACACUAGUAUUAACGCCACACCUGGGAACUACUCAGGACAUGCCCAAUCCCUAGGAGCAAGCGGCAGUGGAGGAUUUGCUAAUCAGAGUGCUGGUCAUAGUCGUUAUCAAGCUAGGCAAAGUUAUGGUCGUGAGCCGGGGAAAGCAUGGUGGGAUGAUUACUAUGACCCGAGCUCAAACACCAAUCCAUGGGAGCCGCUUGAAAACGUCAUGGGUUUAGGGCCAAGGGGUAGUUGGAUGUCCUGGGAGGAAGCGAAACGAUGAGUUGAUAUCAUCUCCAUCGGUCAAGGGAACUUCCGUGGAACUUCGCUCUAGGUCAUCCUCCCAAGUUAAUACUUUUAUCCAUAUUGAAGACGAAUGGGAGAAUGAGGACUUUCUGAGCGUAUUUCGAAUCCUUGGGCGUCACCGUAUCACGUGACAAUUACAGACCUACAAGAAGCAGUCUCUCCGUGGUGGAUUCAACCUGGUAUCUUACAUGACAGACCGAGGGCUUGUCGUCACUUCUCAGUCUUCACUGACCAAUGAGGGGACAGAGGAUAUAUGGUCCACCGUGUCUAAGACGUACAUACACGGCACUGGGUCAGGUCACCGAACGGUGAAUUGCUGUAUUACUAUGUCUACCUAGGAGAAGUACGAUACCAACCCAAUAAGACGCCUUAAGGAAACCCUUGACCGAAAUAGGUC